AUCAUCCCUUUAAUAAAGCUAACCCUAAACCCCUCACAUUAUGCUUUCUGUACACCAUCCCUUUUUCAUAAAAUAUGCUUUCCACUCAUCAAGCUAACUUAAGCCUGUUUCUUCAUAUCCAAAAGACAGGAAGAAGAAGAAGAAGAAGAAGAAGAAGCCAGUAGACCUUUUCUUUCUUACUUUCUGUUACAAAUUACAAUCAACUCUAAACCCUAAACCCUAAUUAGUUAGCUCCAGUGAUGACGAUGAACCCUCCUCAAGGCCAAGACAGCGACUACAAAAUCAAAGACACAAAGCCCCAGCUGGGAGAGCGGUGGCCGCACGGCGGCGUCCGCGGCGGCGGAGGCUGGAUCAGCAGCGACAGGGCCGCCAGCACCUACGACCUCGUCGAACAGAUGUACUACCUCUACGUCCGCGUUGUCAAGGCCCGGGACCUCCCUCCAAACCCCGUCACCGGGAGCUGUGAUCCCUACGUCGAAGUCAAGCUCGGCAACUACAAAGGCAAAACGCAGCGUUUCGACAAGAAAGCCAAUCCCGAAUGGCACCAAGUCUUUGCAUUCUCCAAGGACAGGAUUCAAUCCUCCAUUGUCGAAGUUUUUGUCAGAGACAGAGAGAUGGUCGGGAGAGACGACUACCUCGGCAGAGUAGUUUUCGACAUGAAUGAAGUCCCGACCAGAGUCCCCCCCGACAGCCCUUUAGCCCCUCAAUGGUAUCGCCUCGAAGAACGCCGCGGCGGCGAGGGAAAAUUGAGAGGAGAAGUAAUGCUCGCAGUGUGGAUGGGAACUCAGGCCGACGAAGCUUUCCCCGAAGCUUGGCAUUCCGACGCCGCCACCGUCCAUGGCGAAGCUGUCUUCACUGUUCGAUCAAAAGUCUAUGUCUCUCCCAAACUAUGGUACCUCAGAGUCAACGUGAUCGAAGCUCAGGACAUUGUCGUUUCCGACUCGCAAAAUCAAGUCUUCGUGAAAGCACAAGUCGGGAAUCAAAUACUCAAGACGAAGGCCUGCCCCUGUUUUUCGCCGAGCACGAAUCCAUUCUGGAACGAGGAUUUGAUCUUUGUCGCCGCCGAGCCUUUCGAGGAGCAAUUAGUCCUGACGUUGGAGAACAAGGUCACGCCGUCGAAGGACGAGCUGAGCGGGAGGAUCAGUUUACCGUUGAACAUCUUCGAGCGGCGUUUGGAUCAUCGACCUGUGCAUUCGCGCUGGUUCAACCUCGAGAAGUUUGGGUUCGGCGCGUUGGAAGGCGACCGGAGAAAGGAGUUAAAGUUCUCGACGAGAAUUCAUAUCCGGGUGUGUCUCGAAGGCGGGUACCAUGUUCUCGACGAGUCGACUCUUUAUAUUAGCGAUCAACGGCCUACUGCUCGACAGCUUUGGAAGCAGCCGAUCGGGAUUCUUGAAGUCGGGAUCUUGAGCGCGCAAGGGCUGCUCCCGAUGAAGACUAACGCGUACUGCGUCGCGAAAUACGGGCAGAAGUGGGUGAGGACGCGGACUAUAGUCGACAGCUUGAGCCCAAAAUGGAACGAGCAGUAUACGUGGGAAGUUUACGAUCCCUGCACCGUCGUCACUAUCGGCGUUUUUCACAAUGGCAAUUUGGGAGGGAACCCGGCGAAGGAUUCGCGAAUCGGGAAAGUUAGGAUUCGUCUCUCGACUUUAGAGACCGAUAGGAUCUACACUCACUCGUACCCGCUCCUCGUCCUGCAGCCGUCGGGAAUGAAAAAGAUGGGCGAGCUUCAUCUCGCGUUUCGAUUUACUUGCCUGUCGUUGGCGCAUACGAUUUAUCUAUACAGUCGACCUUUGCUGCCUAAAAUGCAUUACCUCCAUCCGUUCACGGUGAGCCAAUUGGACAGCCUGAGGUAUCAGGCGAUGAACAUUGUUGCGUCAAGGCUCGGGAGAGCCGAGCCGGCGCUGAGAAAAGAAGUCGUCGAGUACAUGCUGGACGUCGACUCGCACAUGUGGAGCAUGAGGCGAAGCAAGGCCAACUUUUUCCGAAUCGUUUCCCUCUUCUCCGGGCUUAUAUCGAUGAGUAAAUGGAUGUCGGAAGUCUGUCAAUGGAAGAAUCCGAUCACCACCAUUUUAGUCCACAUCCUCUUCUGCAUCCUGAUCUGCUACCCUGAACUGAUCCUCCCCACGGCGUUUCUGUACAUGUUUCUGAUCGGAAUUUGGAAUUUCAGGUCGCGGCCUAGGCACCCUCCUCAUAUGGACACGAAGCUUUCGUGGGCAGAAGCUGUUCAUCAGGAUGAAAUGGACGAGGAAUUCGACACUUUUCCUACAUCGAAACAGCAGGACGUGGUAAGAAUGAGGUACGACAGGCUGAGGAGCGUCGCCGGGAGGAUACAAACAGUCGUUGGGGACAUGGCGACGCAGGGAGAAAGGUUUCAAUCGCUACUGAGCUGGAGGGAUCCGCGGGCGACGAGCAUUUUCAUCGUUUUCUGCCUCUUUGCUGCUGUUGCAUUGUAUGUCACUCCUUUUAGGAUUAUUACAUUGCUGGGAGGCCUCUUCUUCCUCAGACAUCCCAGGUUUAGAAGCAAGAUGCCGUCGGCGCCGAACAAUUUCUUCCGGCGCCUCCCGGCACGCGCCGAUAGCAUGCUGUAGCUCUAGCUGCAUAUCUACUUUGCUUCUUCAUCAAAUUCCGAUUCUUGUUCUCAAAGUGAAAUGUUAUCUUAUGAUUAUUCUGGUCUGGUUUGGUAUACAUUGAUGUUAGAGUCACAAAAAAUGACGCGACAAUCCGGCAUGAAAUAAUUGAGUUUGAGUCGAACAUUUUGACUCAAUUAUGUAUACGAGUUGACACGAACCCGACACGAUAAUAAACAAGUCGGAUUAUGAUUGAAACUUUCAACUCGAACCUGCCCAACAAC